GUAGAGUGAGCACCAGUAGAAGCCGACCCACACCACAAAAUUUCCCCAAUCUAUUCUCUCGAGAGACUAAGCCGCCGCAGCCCGCAGCGAGACGAGAGGAGGAAACCCUAGCCAAAACUUCCCCAAUGGCUAGCCCCGCCGCGGGCGACCAUCGCUACCUUUUCGUAUGCACCCACGGCGAUUGUCAGCUUCGAGCUUUUGUUUCCCAUGAGUUCGCCGAGGAUCAUCGCCGUCAGCACAAAGACGGUCGUUCCGAGCUGGCCCACGCCAAGCAGGAGCUUGAGGCCCAACGCCAUCGAGGGCGGCGCAAGGCCAGCUCUCUUGAGUCAUCUUCCGGCGAAACCGGGUGUGAUGAGCAUGCUGGAGAUACUGAUCAACAGCUUGAUGCUAUAGAAGUACAAAAAUCGAUGCAUGGUGGGAUCGAGAAACAAGCAAAGAACGACACAAUCUUUACUCCCAAGCAAGCUGGGUUAGGCAGGUCAUACAGGGACAUGUUGAAGGACGAGGAAGAAGAUGUGGUUUCGUACCGUCGUUUCUGGGAAUGCACUUGGGGCCGCAAGUUUGGCUCCUUCGAAGGCUACACCUUUGUGUCUCCCAUACUUUAUACAUAUGGAACCAUCCCAGCAAUGCUGGCCCCUUCGGCUUCUUGCAGAUCUUCUCCAUCAAAGUCAUGGAGAAUGAAAUGUGGAGAAUCAGGUGGCCAGUGA